AUGCCUGGCACGACGACCUGCACCCGUUCCUACAGAUCACCGCUAAGGACGAUGUCUCGCUUCACCCGUCUCCCUGACUCUCUUCGCGUAGUCAGGGACCACUUUCUCGCCCUCUGCCCCACCGAACUCACCGUUGACCUGCUCAAGAAGCAUUUGCUUGCAGCUGAGGCUACCAUAGUUGCUGUAGGUGCCUCUCGUGGCGACCCCCGCACGCCCUUCUUCGACGGGUGUUCCCCUCCCCCCAUUCUCCCCUCGGUCGCCUCUGCUGCCGCUAUCGACUACCUUGGUGCUGAGGAAGUUGGGGCUGCGUCUGCUCCUAGUUGGAGGCGCAAGAGCAGCAAGGGCAAGGGGGGCAAGGGUGGUGGCGGUGCCAGUGGGGGAGGUGGAGGUGGAGGCGGUGGGGGCGGUGGGGGUGGUGGCGGUGGUGGGGGUGGUGGCGGGGCUGGGGGGGUGGGUGGUAGCGACGAGGGUGGUGGCGGCAAUGGUAGUGGAGGAGGCCGGGGUGGAGGUGGUGGUGGUGGCGGCAGUGGCGUGGUGGCAGCGGCUUGGGUGGUGGUCGGGGUGGACCAGCGCAGCAUAGAGGCUCGGGUGGUGUCCAGCGCCAACAGCAGCGUCUCGGAGAGAAUCCGUCGCCCCAGCAGCUUCGUGAGUGGUACUCUUAGCAUGGGGGGUCUGGGGGUGGAGGUACCUGCACGUAUGUCAUCCGCAUAG